AUGGCCCCAGAUAAAGCACCACACUUUGAGAUUCCUCCAGGAGAGGCUAUCAAAGCUGUCAAGCUCAUUAAUCCAGUCAAUUUUGGACCCGCGAUUCUUGAGAGGUUUAUGGCACCCGCUGUUCCUGGCCUUGAGACAUUCAAGAGUUCCCCUUCAUUAUCGUUCCUCAUUGAACACCAGUCUGGGAGGAAGCUUGUGUUUGACCUAGGAAUCCGAAAGGAUUAUGACAACUACUCACCAUCCAUUGCCAAGUAUUUGCCGACUACUAAUUACACUAUAGAAGUGGUGGGGAAUGUGGCCGACAUCUUGCAGGAUAAUGGUAUCUCUUUGACUGAGAUUGAAGCCGUGAUAUGGAGUCAUUGGCACUGGGAUCACAUCGGCGACCCAUCAUCUUUCCCUCAUCUCACAGAUCUUGUAGUAGGUCCUGGGUUCAAAGAAGCAAUGCUACCAGGAGCCCCUGCGAACCCAGAGUCUCCCAUACAAGAAAGCGACUACGCGAAUCGUAAUCUGCGUGAGAUUAGUUUCGAGGGUCUAGACUCUCUCAAGAUUGGUCAGUUCCCCGCGUUUGACUAUUUUGGAGAUGGUUCGUUCUAUCUCCUCGAUAGUCCCGGGCAUGCUGUUGGUCACCUCUGUGGGCUGGCAAGGACUACAUCCUCCCCAGACACUUUCGUUCUCAUGGGAGGAGAUAUCUGUCAUUACGCAGGUAUCUUUCGACCUUCUAAGUUUCUACCAGUGCCAGAUACCAUCAGCCCUCAUCCUUGUCAUCCGCACGAGGAUGGUGUUCUGUGCCCCGGUGAAGCUUUUGAUCGUCUGCAAAAAUCACGAGGAAGGGCGCCAACGGAUACUCUCUUUGACUUGACGUUUGGUUUGGAUUUAGAGCUUGCCACCAAGACUACCAAGCAGCUGCAGGAACUAGACUGCAACGAGAAUAUCUUUGUGGUUGUUGCCCAUGACUCCACGGUGUCACAAGUCUCUUUGGUCUAUGACUCUAAUGUCUUGGCAAACCACCAUCUCAGCAACUUCGGUUUCUUGACAACCCCGAGUCCGAGUAUCGGACGCCCUUUGACUAGGGCUACGCGAUGUAAAAACGACUCGGCAAUGGCUGGCUAUCCUUUUUGGGAAAGGCGGGAUGGCCUCAAGUUUAACUUUCGGUUACACGAUAAUCCCAGACGUCAACCGCCAGAUAUGCGGGGUUGA